AUGCAAAACGAGCUGGAUCAAGUCCAUAGCCAAACUAAUACUAGCAGUGAUGGCAUGAGAUCGUUACAACAAAGGAUAGAGAGUCUAACGAAUGAUAAGCGUCAUCUAUUCGAAACGUUAGAAAGGCGUAGUAGUGAGUUAAGAGAACUUAGAUCGGAAUUAGAGUCGGCUCAUCAAAAGUCAUUGGAUGCUAGGAAGCAGAUUGUUGAGCUGGAAAACCAAGCUCAACAAGCAAGAUCUUCACAAAUGAGCAGCAAACUGAAAGAACAAAGCUUGGGUCAAGAAAUCGAACUGCUUAAACGGAGUAAUGAUUGGCUCGACUCGGAAUUAAAAGCCAAAUCUGAAGAAUUCAAAAAGUUUAGAACUGAACGAAUGACCAAGUUAUCUACAUUACAAUCUGAGUACGAUUCUCUACAAAGUAAUCAUAGCUCAUUAGUGAAGCGAUACGAUGCUUUGCAAGCCCGAUUUGAUGAAGUGUCUCAGUCUUAUGACAGUUCACUGGUCAAGAUCAAAGACCUCCAGAAUGCACAAGUAGUGGCCGAGGAGAGUUUCCGAUCUGAGAUGGCUGCUCAACACCGACUCACUGAAUUAUGGGAACGGUCAGCCAACGAAUCAAAGGCUAGAGUUGAAGAGCUACAAAGAACAAAAUCUAAAGAUCAGUCAAGUCAAGCUGCUGAAAUGGCCAGAUGGAAAGCUGAAGCUGAGAAAGCUAGAGAAAAGGCCGACAAGUUCGAAAAACAAAUGAAGAAUCUGGAAACUAGAUUAGAAACUGUGUUCAGCCAGAAUGACAAUCUUGUGGCAGCUGAUAAAGUUGCUGGAUCUGUACCCUCGACUCCAGGUCCUGGUUCACCGCAGACCCCUUCAAGAAAUGGUGCAUCUUCUUCAAAUAUUGGUAUCUUUUCUCCUUCGGGACAAAUCAUCUCCAAACUGCAGAAGAGUGGAGGAUCUCUUGUACAACUAUACUCUGAUUUGCAAGAAACAAAGAUCUUAUUAGAAAAAGAACGUCAUAAGAAUGAAGUUUUGCGAAGGGAAAUGGAUAAUAUUUUGGAAGAGAUGGAGGACCAUGCUCCAAUUAUUAUGGCUGAAAGGGAAGAGCAUCGACGACUUGAAGUUGAGCUCGCUGAGCUUAGCACUCAACUUGAAAAGGCUACUUCUGACAGUGACGAGUUCAAGGCCAAGCUCAAGGUUGUCGAAAGCAAGUACAAUGAUAGUAUUACUGAGAAAGAUAUUAUUACUCAGCAAGUUCGUGACUUGUCACGACAGGUACAACAUCUUCUUGUACAGCGCCAACUUGAGAGCGAUGCUGAAGCACCCUUGACGCCCCAAGAACAUGCUGAACUUCAAAGGCUACUGAGGACAUCUGACGAUGACAUUGGUAAUACGGGAUCUGACACGCAGCGCGUCAUUUCUGAAAGACUUGUCUUAUUCAAGGAUAUUAUUGAGUUGCAGAAGCAGAACGAGUAUCUUCUCAAUGCCACACGCGAACUGGCCGAGAAAACUGAGAAGAUGGAUGCCGCUAGCAAGAAAGAUUAUGAAAAUCUUGAAUCAGCGGCUGUGGAAGAAGCAAAGCAGGCGAUCAAGAGCUUACAAGAAGAGUUGGCAAGAGUUAACAUCAAGUACGAUGCUCUUAAGAGAGAGCGUGAUAUGUUCAGAAGCAUGCUCAAAUCUGGUGAGUCGAAUAGUGGGGCCAACAAUGCACCCGGUGGUAGUAGUGACCAGGUAGAGAAGCUUAUUGCUCAACAUCAAGAGGCUACUCAGGUUAUCAAACAAGUCGAACAAAACUUUGAAGUUUACAGAAACGAGACAUCAAUUACUAUUAAGACUCUUAACGAUCAAAUUAGUUCCAUCACGAACGAACGUACCGCUCUACAACUCAAAAUUGCCAAACUUGAGAGCCAGGUUGAAAUUGCUGGUGAAAGAUCGAAGCAUUCCAAUAGUAAUCUUCAACUUCUGCAAUCGGAAAAUCAGGAACUUAAGAAGCGAAAUGAGUCCUUACAGGAGUCACUCUCCAAGCAGGAUCUUAGAACUUACCAAGUGGCUGAAGAGCUCAUUGAUUCUAAAUCGUUGCUUGACAGUGUAAAGAAUGAAUUGUCCAACCUGAAGGCUGAAAAGAGCCUCUGGAAAUCAAUCGAGGAGCGUAUCAGCAAAGAGAAUGCCGAGCAUCUUGAAGAAAAGGGUCGCUUGAAUGGAAUUCUGAAAAAUAUGGAAAUUGUUAACGCCGAACGGGAAAAGAAUUUCCAGGAUACUGAACGUAGACUUAACAAGCAAGUGGAUUCCUUGGAGGCUCAAGUUUCGAGACUGAAUCAAAAACUCGAAAUGGAGGAGAGGGAAGUCAAGUCCCUUUCUGACAGGAGAGAUGUUGAUAACGCAGAGUUUAAUUCCAAAUUGGAAAGUCUCAGACAAGAACUCAAAAAGGCACAAGAUAAUCUGGCAGCAGCUAAAUCUGAGAAUGAAGAGCUUAGCAGAAUUCGCAGACAGCUUUCAGCAGAAAUUGCUGCGGCAAAUGAGCAGUUGGCUGUGUACAAGUCACAACCAGGAUCUACUCUCGAGACAAAGCUAUCUGAAGAAAUCGAGAUUUUGAAGAGAAGUUUGAAGGAAAAGGACGAGCAGCUUGCAAGUGCCGAUAAACACAUCCACGACUUGACAGAAGUGGCCUCAGCGGCCGAGGAAGCUUUGGGAAGUCUUAAUUCAUCUCAUGAGGAAUAUACUGCAUCGAUUACUGAGAAUAUUGCCAAGAAGGAUUCAGAAAUUGUCAACCUCAAGGAAAGACUCCAGGUUACUACUGGUAUUCUUGAAAGCACCACCAAGGAGCUCGAUUCUAUUAAAAGUGCUAAAGCUCGGGGUGCUGAUGAUCUAAAGGCUGAAAAGGAGAAGUUGGAGGCAAGAAUUGCCGCUUUACUUGAAAGUGAGGAACGCUUCACGAAGAAUCAACAGGACUUGAAACGAGAUCUUGAACAACAAGCCAUUAUUGCCAAGGAAGCUCAAGAUAAUUAUGAGAAGGAGCUUGUUAAACACGCAAAAGCAGCUGAUACUGUCCAACUUCUUCGUGCAGAGGUCAGCCAGCUUAAGGAACAGACUAUUGAACUUCAUUCUAAGGCAGACAGUGCAGCGGCCCAACUCUCUAAUGCAGAAGCUAGCUGGGACAAUCAAAAGUAUACUUAUGAACAUGAAAUUGAGCAACUCAAAUCGCGAACAGAAGAGCUCGCCUCUCAAAACAAGACCUUGCUGGAACAGCUGGAAAGCAUUAGUUCAAGAGUAUCCAACAUCAAACCAGAGGCCGGAAUCACUGGUGAGAAUGUGGAAUCGGAAGAGCCCUCUUCGGAUGAUCAGCUACGUGAGAUAAUUUCGUACUUGAGACGCGAAAAGGAGAUUGUUGACUGCAACUACGAACUGGCUCAACAAGAAUCUAGGAGACUUAAACAGCAACUUGAUCACACAACAGCUGCUUUGGAUGAAGCCAAGGUUGAGAUUGAAAGGGAACGACAGAGAGAAUCAGACUCUCUCCGUAUUGCUGCGGAACACGCUAAGGUUAUUAAGCAAUUAGAAGAUAUCAACCUUCUGCGUGAAAGUAAUUCAACUCUUCGCACUCAAAGUAAUUACUACAUGGCCAAGGCUAAGGAACUGGAAACUGAGCUCAACUCGGUCAAAGAGAGAGUCGAGCCACUUGAGGAUCAGCUCCGCGAAGCAGUUGCCGAGUCAGAAGCCAAGGAUUCACAAAUCAAGAUUAUCGAAGAGGAUAAUGAAAAGUGGAAACAGAGAGCUCAACAAAUCUUGCAGAAAUACCAGCGAAUUGAUCCCGAGGAGCUUCAAGCUCUUAAGGAUGAGGCUGAGAAACUUAGAACAUCUCUGACGGCCCUUGAAGAAGAGAAGAAGCAACUACAAUCACAGAUAACGGUGGCAGUUGAAGCAAAAGCAAAGGAGUUUGAAGCUAAACUGGCCGAAUCAGCCGAGAACUAUACUUCACUUAACAAUAAGUUCUCAAGAUUAAGAGACGAGUCCCAAUCAAAACUUGCCAAGAGACGUGGUGAAGUAAAUCAAGUGCGGGAAGAGUUGAACAAAUCUAUCGCCGAAAAUACUCAGCUCAAGGAGAGCCUUGAAAAUGCCAAGAAGGAGCUCGAAGCAGCAAAUACUGCACAAAAUACCUUAGGUGCUAGUAAUCAAGCUGAGUUAGCAAAGCUUAGAACAGAGUUGACAACGACUAAGGAAGCUUUGGAGAAAGCGAAAUCGAGUCCAUCUCAAGCCGACGAUACCGAAAAAGAUAAGAGAAUUGCACAUCUUGAAAGUGAGGUGAAUCGUCUUAGUGACGAAGCUGUAGAGCUUCAACGGGCACAGGAAAUGUCAGGCACGGAAGCAAACGCCAAGGUUAUCGAGCUUACUCAGCAGAAGGCACACGCAGAACAGCGAAUUGUGACUCUAUCUAAUGAACUGACUAGUUUGCGGGAAUCCUUGUCUAAGGCCAUCAGCAACGAACAGCAUGAGCAGAAACUCAACGAGCUGAAACAGCAACUUGAGGCUGCCAAGCAAGCUAGUAAUGGAUCAGCAAGUGGAACCGAUGGUAAUGCGGUAGACAUUGAAGCAUUGAGAAAACAGGUCAUGGAGGAGGCUGAAAGGUCUGCCAUUAAUCGUCUCAAGGCUAAUGCUCAAAGACGACUUGCUGAAUCGACUGAGAAACGCAAAUCUGAGCUGGAGGCUGAGUUUUCUCGAAAGGAGGAAGAAUUGAAAAAGGAGUAUGCUCAGAAGGAAGAGGAAUUGAAAGCACAGUUAUCUCAAGGAGGAAACGGCACUGGUGUCGACAAAGAAAAACUAGAAGCUCUUGAAAAGGAAUAUAAGGCAAAGAAUGAAAGCUUAGUCUCAAAGCAUACGGAGGAGUUGAAGACAGCUACACAAGCUGGUCGGGAUGCUGCUGCCAAGGAGGGAGCAAUGAGAGUUCAAUUACUUGUCAAAAAGGCUGAAAAGCUUGAAAAAGAAAAGGCUCAGCUUGAAUCAGAGAAAAACCAACUUGCACUUCAGAUUCGAAGAUUGAAAGGAGGCGAAGAUAUUGCUGGUCCAACUCCAGCGGCUGCCGUAAACCCGGCUGUCGGACAAAAUCCUGUUACCUCUGGAGGAGCAGGGCCAAAGGCGGCUGGUGGAUUCGCUAGACCCACCUUUGCUUCUACAGCCUCGUCAGCCACUGGUGGUGGUCAAGCCCAGUCGUCAAUUCCAACUGCUGGUGGUAGAUUACGGCCACCUACAAGUGUAGCAGGUGUAAGCCGACCUGCAGGGGCACAAGCAAGACCAACUAUCGUCAGGCCAGGAAUAGCUCGUCCUGGUGGAGCACCUGCCACAGCUCAAGUUUCCCAGAUUUUGAAUGCUGCAGCUGCUGAUGCUACGGGAGCCAAGAGAGCAGCUUCGAACGAUAACUCGACGAACCAAGAUCCUAAAAGACGAAAGGAAUAG